ACCCGCCCUAGCUGGGCUCCCUCUCGGACAGACUCCCCGGGGCAUACCCACCUGCACCCCCUCCCGAUUGGGGCUGGGACCCGCCAUAGGGGUCGGGACCCCCGCAGGAGUCAGAAUCCCCCCCGUUCCCUAUCAGAAUCCUCCCUAGUGGGGGCCCCACCCCAAAGAGGCCCCCAUCUCCUUGGCGCCUACAUCCCCCCUCUCGGGGUGGGACCAGCUGUUGUACUGAGACACCCCCGACCCCGCACACGCUCUUAUUGUGGACUGGAGUCCAUCUUCUGAGCCCCCACGCAGGGGCCAGUCCUAGCCUGCGGAGCCCCCCCCCCCCCCAGCCUAGUAUCCCCUGGAUUCUUCUGGUUCCCAAACUGGGAGCCCCCCUCCUUGACUCCCUCCAGCCAGGGAGCCCCUACCCCCGUACCUCCUUGAUUCCCAGCCUGGGACCUAGCCUGACUUCUGGCAGAAAUGGAUGACCUGCUGCCACUUGUCCUCCUCCAUCAGGACUGGGGCCUCCAGGAGCCCACCCCCAGCAGCACCCCCUACGUGGAGAUCAUCGAACAGCCCAAGCAGCGCGGCAUGCGCUUCCGCUACAAGUGUGAGGGGCGCUCGGCCGGCAGCAUCCCUGGGGAGCGCAGCACCGACACCACCAAGACCCACCCCACCAUCAAGAUCAAUAAUUACACAGGCCCCGGGAAGGUUCGUAUCUCUCUGGUGACCAAGGACGCCCCCCACCGACCCCACCCCCACGAGCUGGUGGGCAAAGAUUGCAAGGAUGGCUACUAUGAGGCCGAGCUAUCACCUGAGCGCAACGUCCACAGCUUCCAGAAUCUGGGCAUCCAGUGUGUGAAGAAACGGGAGCUGGACGAGGCUGUGGCACAGCGCAUCCGCACCAACAACAACCCCUUCAAUGUGCCCUUGGACAACCAGAAGGGGGACUAUGACCUGAAUGCCGUGCGGCUCUGCUUCCAGGUGUGGGUGCAGGACCCUGUGGGCACUGGGCACCUCGUCCAGCUGCCCCUCGUGGUGUCACAGCCGAUCUACGACAACCGAGCCCCCAACACGGCUGAGCUGAAGAUCUGCCGGGUCAAUCGCAACUCGGGGAGCUGCCUGGGGGGGGACGAGAUCUUCCUGCUCUGCGACAAGGUGCAGAAGGAGGACAUUGAGGUCCGGUUCUUCAAGGACUCGUGGGAGGCCAAGGGCUCCUUCUCGCAGGCAGAUGUGCACCGGCAGGUCGCCAUCGUGUUCAAAACCCCCCCAUACCAGGACCAGGCACUCAGGGAGCCGGUGACAGUGCAGAUGCAGCUCCGGCGCCCAUCUGACAAGGAGGUCAGCGAGGCCAUGGAGUUCCGCUACCUGCCAGACGAAGGUGACUUCCACCGCAUCGAGGAGAAGCGCAAGCGAACGCGGGACACCUUCAAGAACUUUGUGCAGAAAGCGCCUUUCACAGCAGUGGUGGUUCCGGAGUCACGUUCCCCGCGUCGGAUUGCUGUCCCUGUCCGCACAGCCGUGCCCAAACCCAGUGGUCUCACCGGAAUGGCAGGCACCAUGGGGCAGCUGCCGCCCCUCCAGAAGCCACAGGCCACGGCCCAGCACCCCUCCUUACCCUUCACUGGGCCCAGCCGAGCUCCUCCUCCUCCCGCCCCCCAGAUGGGCUUCAGUACAGUCAAUCUGGAGGAGUUCUCCAGCCUGGGCAUCUCAAGCCGGGCCCAGCCCCCACCCCCUGCUCCCGAGGCCGAGCCCAACUUUGACCCCUUCUUCCACCUGCCGUUUGAGGGCGGGGGCGACCCAACCGCCAUGGAGCUGGGGGCCUUGCUGGAGGACACCACCUACACCAGCCUGGAGUCCAUCAACACUACUGAGUUCCGGCAGCUGCUGAACCAGGGGUCAUCCACCGAGGGUGCUGAUGGGCACAGCAUGCUCCUGACCUAUCCCGAGUCGAUCACUCGCCUGAUGAGCAGCCAGCGUGGUGUGGUGGGCAUGACAGGGGAGGAGCCUCAGGGCAACAGUGGGGGUGGGGGGGGCAGCAGUGCCAACAGCUUCCUCAAUGGGGUCCUGGGCAACCUCCCGGAAGAGAGCCUCACCUCCAUGGGGGAUCUGGACUUCAGCGCCCUGCUCAGCCAAUUCAGCUCCUCCUAGUGGGGAUGUUGGGAAAGACGGACUGACGGUGACAAUGCCCACCUGGCUCUGCGCAAGGGGACUCAGGGGUGGGUAACUGCUUAUCCACCGAGAGUCCCCCCGGGGGG